GAAGAACAAAAAGAAAACGGCUUUUCUUAUAAUUAUUCUUUACAACUGCUGGCCAUUAACCAGUUAAGCAAACCCUUCAUUUGUCUCCAAAAAAUCCUUUCUUUUUUUAACUUCAUUUCAAUAUAUUUUGGAAAAAAAUAAAAUCAGAACCAAUAUUUUUCUGGAAUCUGAAAAACCUAGGUUUGUUUGUCUUGAAAAAUCUUCAAUUUUUUUUUUUUUAUACAAUUGUUAGAGUGAAAGUUGAUCUGUAAAUCAAGAAGGUUACUAUUAUUUAAAGACUAGAAAUACACAAAGAUGUGGGGUAUUUCUAGAUGUUGUGACAAAAUUUAUACUGUUGCAGAAGGGGGAUCUGGUUAUUGUUCCAAGAAAAAAGAUGAUUUAUGUAAUCAGGAAACUGGACGAGCUGUGAGCAUGUCGAGACUAAAAUGUAUUUUGCGUGGCUUGGAUCUUAAAACAUAUAUCUUUCUCUUUGUGUUGAUACCAACGUGUGUUUGGGGUAUAUACAUCCAUGGUCAGAAAAUCACCUAUUUUCUACGGCCUUUAUGGGAAAAACCACCAAAACCAUUUAAUGAAAUGCCUCACUAUUAUCACGAGAAUGUGUCGAUGGAGAAUCUCUGUAAACUUCAUGGGUGGGGAAUCCGUGAGUAUCCGAGGCGUGUGUUUGAUGCUGUACUGUUCAAUAAUGAGGUUGACAUGCUUACCAUACGGUGGAAGGAGUUAUACCCUUAUAUUACAGAGUUUGUUAUACUCGAAUCGAAUUCAACGUUCACUGGAUUGCCAAAGCCUUCUUACUUUGCUAAUCACAGAGAUCAGUUUGAAUUUGUUGAGUCGAGAUUGACGUACGGACAAAUUCCUGGGAGAUUCAGAAGAGGGGAAAACCCUUUUGUUGAGGAGGCUUAUCAACGGCUUGCAUUGGAUUAUCUACUCAAACAAGCCGGUAUUCAGGAUGACGACUUAUUGCUAAUGUCGGAUGUUGAUGAGAUACCUAGUAGACAUACCAUCAAUCUCUUGAGGUGGUGUGAUGACAUACCUUCAGUUCUUCAUCUUCGGUUGAAGAAUUAUCUUUACUCUUUUGAGUUUCUUGUGGAUAACGAUAGUUGGAGAGCUUCUGUACAUCGAUACCAAUCGGGUAAGACAAGGUAUGCUCAUUACCGACAAUCAGACAUCAUCUUGGCAGACGCAGGGUGGCAUUGUAGCUUUUGCUUCCGCCACAUAAGUGAAUUUAUAUUUAAGAUGAAAGCCUACAGCCAUUUUGACAGGGUCAGAUUUUCUCAUUUUCUCAACCCAAAGAGAGUCCAAAGGGUUAUAUGCAAUGGGGAUGAUUUAUUUGAUAUGCUACCUGAAGAGUAUACAUUCAGGGAAAUCAUUGGCAAAAUGGGACCAAUUCCCCACUCUUAUUCGGCUGUUCACCUACCGGCUUAUCUUUUGGAAAACGCAGACAAGUAUAAGUUUCUUUUGCCGGGUAAUUGCUUGAGAGAAAGUGGGUGAUGAUCUAGCAGGGUUUUGUUAUAUUUUCUUUUGGUGAACAUCGAGGGUGCAGUUCUUCGUUGCUCCUUGAAAAUCCAAUGACAAUCCUGUGGAAUGUCCAAGAGUUGGUGUCAUACUGCAAAACUUUUGGAAUGUUCGGAUGAAUAAACAGAUUUGGGAAGUCAGGGUUUUUGUAUAUAGCUUCUUAGUUAUGGUUUUCGUCUAUUGGACAAGUGGGGAGUUUGCUGUUGCAGAACUGAUAUUAGUUCGAAGCGUCUGCAUAACUCUGUAUGCUGUAGUAUAUCGAUUCCUGAUUAUGCUCCCAGAUAACAUUUAUAUUCAUGGGCUUUCCCUCGUGUUGGGAAUUUUUGGACCAGUACUAAUUUAUUCACAUUUCUUGUGUUCCUUAUUCUUUCUGACCUAGUAGUUUUACGUCACCUAGCGUUUAGGCUAGAAAUCUGUCCCUUUGUUAAUUGCUUUGAUUUUUAACUAGCUUUCUAGUAUGUAUCGAGUAUGGUAUUUUGAUCUCAGAGGGUGAUUACUUCA